GGCGACGGCGGCUCGGCCAGAGGGGCGGGAGCAGAGGCGGGAGUGGACGGGCUCGGGAGAGGCAGCGGAAUGGUGGACUACCACGCGGCGAACCAGUCGUACCAAUACGGCCCCAGCAGCGGGAGCAAUGGCGCUGGCGGCGGGGGUAGCAUGGGCGACUACAUGGCCCAGGAGGACGACUGGGACCGGGACCUGCUGCUGGACCCGGCCUGGGAGAAGCAGCAGCGCAAGACCUUCACAGCCUGGUGCAACUCCCACCUGAGGAAGGCCGGCACGCAGAUCGAGAACAUCGACGAGGACUUCCGAGACGGGCUCAAGCUCAUGCUCCUCCUGGAGGUCAUUUCAGGGGAGCGGUUACCUAAGCCGGAGCGGGGCAAGAUGAGAGUGCACAAAAUCAACAAUGUGAACAAGGCACUGGACUUCAUCGCCAGCAAAGGAGUCAAGCUGGUCUCCAUUGGGGCGGAAGAGAUUGUGGACGGCAACGCAAAGAUGACCCUGGGAAUGAUCUGGACCAUCAUCCUCAGGUUCGCCAUCCAGGACAUCUCUGUGGAAGAGACCUCUGCCAAGGAAGGGCUCCUUCUCUGGUGCCAGAGAAAGACGGCCCCGUACAAGAACGUCAACGUGCAGAACUUCCACAUCAGCUGGAAGGACGGUCUUGCUUUCAAUGCCCUGAUCCACCGGCACAGACCAGAGCUGAUUGAGUACGACAAGCUGAGAAAGGACGACCCCGUCACCAACCUGAACAAUGCCUUUGAAGUGGCUGAGAAAUACCUAGACAUCCCCAAGAUGUUGGAUGCAGAGGACAUCGUGAACACGGCCCGACCCGACGAGAAGGCCAUAAUGACCUAUGUGUCCAGCUUCUACCAUGCCUUUUCAGGAGCGCAGAAGGCUGAGACUGCCGCCAACCGGAUUUGCAAGGUGCUGGCUGUCAACCAGGAGAAUGAACACCUGAUGGAAGAUUAUGAGAGGCUGGCCAGCGAUCUCCUGGAGUGGAUCCGGCGCACCAUCCCCUGGCUGGAGGACCGCGUGCCCCAGAAGACCAUCCAGGAGAUGCAGCAGAAGCUGGAGGACUUCCGCGACUACCGGCGCGUCCAUAAGCCGCCCAAGGUGCAGGAGAAAUGCCAGCUGGAGAUCAACUUCAACACGCUGCAGACCAAGCUGCGCCUCAGCAACCGGCCCGCCUUCAUGCCCUCCGAGGGCAGGAUGGUCUCGGACAUCAACAACGGCUGGCAGCACCUGGAGCAGGCCGAGAAGGGCUACGAGGAGUGGCUGCUGAACGAGAUCCGCAGGUUGGAGCGGCUCGACCACCUGGCAGAGAAGUUCCGGCAGAAGGCCUCCAUCCACGAGGCCUGGACCGACGGGAAGGAGGUGAUGCUGAAGCACCGGGACUAUGAGACGGCCACCCUGUCGGACAUCAAAGCCCUCAUCCGCAAGCACGAGGCCUUCGAGAGCGACCUGGCCGCGCACCAGGACCGCGUGGAGCAGAUUGCCGCCAUCGCCCAGGAGCUCAACGAGCUGGAUUACUACGACUCCCACAACGUCAACACCCGCUGCCAGAAGAUCUGCGACCAGUGGGAUGCCCUUGGCUCUCUGACCCACAGUCGCAGGGAAGCCCUGGAGAAAACGGAGAAGCAGCUGGAGACCAUUGACCAGCUGCACCUGGAGUACGCCAAGCGGGCAGCCCCCUUCAACAACUGGAUGGAGAGCGCCAUGGAGGACCUCCAGGACAUGUUCAUCGUCCACACCAUCGAGGAAAUCGAGGGCCUGAUCUCAGCCCACGACCAGUUCAAGUCGACACUGCCGGACGCCGACAGGGAACGGGAGGCCAUCCUGGCCAUCCACAAGGAGGCCCAGAGGAUCGCCGAGAGCAACCACAUCAAGCUGUCAGGCAGCAACCCCUACACCACCGUCACCCCCCAGAUCAUCAACUCCAAGUGGGAGAAGGUGCAGCAGCUGGUGCCCAAGCGCGACCACGCCCUCCUGGAGGAGCAGAGCAAGCAGCAGUCCAACGAGCACCUCCGCCGCCAGUUCGCCAGCCAGGCCAACAUCGUGGGGCCCUGGAUCCAGACUAAGAUGGAGGAGAUCGGGCGCAUCUCCAUCGAGAUGAAUGGGACUCUGGAGGACCAGCUGAGCCACCUGAAGCAGUAUGAGCGCAGCAUUGUGGACUACAAGCCGAACCUGGACCUGCUGGAGCAGCAGCACCAGCUCAUCCAGGAGGCCCUCAUCUUCGACAACAAGCACACCAACUACACCAUGGAGCACAUCCGCGUGGGCUGGGAGCAGCUGCUCACCACCAUCGCCCGCACCAUCAACGAGGUCGAGAACCAGAUCCUCACCCGCGAUGCCAAAGGCAUCAGCCAAGAGCAGAUGCAGGAGUUCCGGGCGUCCUUCAAUCACUUCGACAAGGACCACGGCGGGGCGCUGGGGCCAGAGGAGUUCAAGGCCUGCCUCAUCAGCCUGGGCUACGACGUGGAGAAUGACCGGCAGAAGCAGACGGGCAGCAUGGACUCCGAUGACUUCAGGGCUCUGCUUAUCUCCACGGGAUACAGCCUGGGCGAUGCCGAGUUCAACCGCAUCAUGAGCGUGGUUGACCCCAACCACAGCGGCCUCGUGACCUUCCAAGCCUUCAUCGACUUCAUGUCGAGGGAGACCACCGACACAGACACGGCCGACCAGGUCAUCGCCUCCUUCAAGGUCCUGGCCGGGGACAAGAACUUCAUCACAGCCGAGGAGCUGCGGAGAGAGCUGCCCCCCGACCAGGCCGAGUACUGCAUCGCCCGCAUGGCCCCAUACCAGGGCCCUGAUGCCGUGCCCGGGGCCCUCGACUACAAGUCCUUCUCCACAGCCCUGUACGGCGAGAGCGACCUGUGAGGCCCCCACCAGAGAAACCCUGACCAAACACCCCUCCUCACAGCCUCCAGGAGGGGCUGGGGGAGCUUUUCUGCCCCACCCCACCCCCCCACUGCAAGGGCACCCCCUGGCCCCGCUCCUCUGACUCUGUAUCUAUGCAAAGCACUCUCUGUCAGUCCUUUCUGGGCGGGAGUGGGGUGGGCAGGGAGGGGCUGGGGCAGGCUCUCUCCUCUCUCUUUGUCAGUGGGCCAGGAGGAUCUCCCCCUCCCCCUGGACGGGGGUGUGGGAGGCUUCCGGGGUCAGCGCUUCUGGUCUGGUAAAUAUAUAUGAUGUGUUGUUUUGUUUUGUUUUUUUAACUCUGUGGAGGGGACAGUGGAUCCUCACAGUAAAACAGGCCCCCUCCAAGCCCUAGAAACGCCCACCCCUCACCACCCCCCUGGUCCAUUUCUUCUCCCCUGAGGUCCCUUCAAGGCCUCCCACAUCCAGGCCAAAGCCCGACGUGCCUUGUCCAGGAACCGCCCGGGCCUGCGAUGGGCCCCGUAGAGGGUGCCACAGCUGCCCGGCAGGAAAGAGGACCAGCCUGCUCCCUGCUCCCUUGUCCCCUCCCCUCACUUGGCAUCGCCAGGAGAUGAGGGGGUUCAGCUCAGUCCCCCCUCUUCUGCACCAGGAGUGGGGUUGGGCAGACCAGCCUCCCACCCUCACCCCCAGCCAGCCCCCACCUUGCUUUGUCUGGACCUGCGUAUCUCUCAGAUUUUUCUAAGGACCCCCUCCACCGGCAAAAAAAAAAAAAAGAAAAAAGAAAAAAAACACACACACAAAACACACACAAAAAAAACACACAAAAA